UGCAACGAGGUCCUUCUCGAACGAAGGGUCCAAUGUAAAGCCGAGCUUUUUUGCAGAUCUGUAAACACCAUGGAUAGUACUCGCUUAGUUAAGACGUUUUCAUCGUCUCUGCGGAUAGUGGAAGUAGGCAGCGUGGUAAAUAAAGCUCCUCUCGUCUCUGUGUAGCUGAAGGGCGUGUUUCUGUACCACUAUUCUACAAAGGAACUGUUUCUAUCUCAGGCUAUUCAUCAGAUUGCGCUCUGCAGAGAUCCCAAGCGGCUGGAAUGGAGGAGGAGGCCCAGUGCUUCCUGAAAAAGCUUGUGGAGGAAUUCCCUGCUGCUCUGAAAGAAGACGCUCCUCUGCCGGUCAGCUCCCUGAGUCGGAGAGUCUCACUGGAGGAGCUGCAAGGAGAGAGCCUGGAGCUGGGCCAGAGACUGCUGGCUGCUCGUGGAGCUCCCUCAGGCCUCAGGGUCCUCCUCUCCCAAGCAGCGGUCGCCCAGCUUCUGAAGGACGACUUGUCUCCAUUUCACUGUUCACAGGAAGCUCAAGCAAACCUGGAAGAUGAGGAAAAGGUCAUCUUAGUCGAGUCGGAAGCAGUCCAGCGGCUCUUUCUGAACCAUCUGAUAGGUGUAGCACUCAGAUGGAACCAGAAGCUCCCCUCCUCUUUUCCUCCUCCCAGCUUUCAGUGUUCUGUUCAUGCUAUCAAGAACACAAGGAGGAAGAUGGAGGACAAGCAUGUGGCGCUGGCUGAAUUCAACCAGCUCUUCGGCAUUCAGGAUGGAGUGGAGCGGGCCUACUACGCUGUGUUUGACGGUCAUGGGGGAGUGGAUGCUGCCGUUUAUGCUGCCACUCACCUCCAUGUUGCUCUGAGCAAACAGGAGACGCUGCAGAGUAACACCGACAUGGCUUUUAAAACUGCCUUUAAGAACACAGACAACAUGUUCAGACGCAAAGCCAAGAGAGAGCGUCUGCGGAGUGGGAGCACAGGAGUGGCCGUGCUGAUUCACGGUCAGCAGUUAACUGUGGCUUGGCUCGGAGACUCUCAGGCAAUGUUGGUUAGAAAGGGAGAGGUUGUUACACUGAUGGACCCCCACAAACCAGAGAGAGAGGAUGAAAAACAGAGAAUAGAAGAUCUUGGGGGUUGUAUCACCUUCAUGGGUUGCUGGCGAGUUAAUGGCACCUAUGCUGUUUCCAGAGCCAUCGGCGACUUCGACCAGAAGCCGUAUGUGUCUGGGGACGCUGAUUCUUCAACCAUCCAGCUGUCAGGGGACGAGGACUAUGUGCUGCUAGCGUGUGAUGGCUUCUUUGAUGCCAUCAAACCUUCCGAGGUCCCAGAUCUGGUUGCUGAGGCGCUCCGGGGUGCUGAUGACUCUGAAACUGGAGGGAGUCGUCCACCGGAACACGCUGAAGAUGGAGUGGGACACAGAGUUGCUGAGAGAUUGGUAGGUGAUGCCAAGGCGGCAGGGUCCAGUGAUAACAUCACAGUGAUGGUGGUGUUCCUGCGUCCGCCUGGCCAGCUGCUGGCUAACACAUAAACCCAGCUGCAUCCAGAGGAAAGGAACCAUUCAGCUCGCCUCAGGACACAUUCAGCCCUCUGCAGACAGCCAGACUAACCCAGAAUCCUCACCUCUGACAUAUCCACAGCUUUUAUCUGUGCUAAACUGGCACAUUACUUGAUUUUUUACCCAAGAAAUUAUGCAAAUCCUAUGUUAUAUGAAUUUAUGUGCACUCUAAGUGGAAAUUAUUGUGGAUAUCAAAAUAUACACUGCUGUGGAAUUGACAGGGUUUUACAUUUACAUCAACACAUAUAUAAAAAAAUUAUGGUUUCCACCACUAAUGAGACAUACAUACUGUACAGUCCAAUGGUAAAUAUACAUCAGUUGGUGGAGAAAUGUUCAGUAGCUUGGUUGUAAUUGUGCACCAUGUUAAACUAAAUGUUUGUUUUGUGCACCUUUUGAUCCACCAAACAACACAGACAUGUUCUGAUCAACCUGAUGCAGCUCAGCUGUCCUAGCAGGAGUGUCCUGACAUUUGCAUCAUUUACCUGCAGCUCACUACUGGAGCUGUAUGUUGUGACUUCAACUGUCUUCUGAAUUUUUUAUGGAUGGAGAGCAUUACCAAAGGAACACCAGUGAAGCAUAGAGGUGGCAGCAUCAUACUGUGGGGUUGCUUUUCUAUAGAUGGCAAAGGGAUUUUUGAAAAGGUGACAGAUCCAUUUAACAGUCAACCUUUACCCAAAACCUUCAGGUCUCUGCUGCCAGGUCCAAGCAUCCAUCCAGAUCAACUGAAGUAUAAACUAUCAGACACAAUGUUUUGAAAUUGGCUGACGGAGUUCAGAUCCAGGCUGUCAAGGUAAAUAUUGCUAAGUGACGAUGCAGCUGCUGUAGAGAUUCCUACCGGAGACUGGAUGAUGCUGUUGGGUUAAAAGAAUUAGAUCAGCGUGUGUCCACUUAUGCCAGGUUAUUUGUCCUUUUUUAAGGUUUAUAUUCCCCCCACUCCCAUCCCUGCCCCCACCAAAAUUACAUUUGCUGUUGAAUUAUAGAGGCCUUAUUUACAUUAAAGAUGUAAAAAGUUUAGAAAUAAUUUAUCAUGGUUUCAUUUUGAUAUUUAAACUUUUUAACAAGAGUGUGUAAACUUUUGAGAGCCACAGUUGUUAACUUUGCUGGGUGAUGUGUGUAUUGUGUGUUGUGUAUAGGGAUAGUGGUGAUAAUCCCAUAAAUCAAACCCAGAUAACCAAAACCCACCCCAGCCUGAAAGAUGACUUGUCAUCAGUUUGUCAUUGUACAACUUAGACGAAGAAACUCACACGCACACACACACACACGGCUGAAGAAAGUUGAGAGUGGUUUGUGUUUAGACAGUGAGAGGAACCUGGAGUACCCAGUGAGAACAUGUAUGCACAGGGAGACCAUGCCAACCCACUGCAGACAGGUCAAUAGGGACCAACACACUCCCAACUUAACUGUCAGGCUCUGACUCGCCCGCCAGAUCCUGACUCGGUCUUUAAGGUCUGACUUGGCUGCCAGGGCCGAAUCGGGACUCAGCCAUCAGGGUCUGUCCCAUAGGCCGAAUCCAGGAAGACUGACUCGGUCUUCAUGGUCCGACUUGCCUGAUGGCUCCUGACUAGGCCGUCAGGGUCCAACUUUUAGGGUCAGACUCAGUCUUCAGGGUCCGACUCACCGCUGGGUCCCAUCUCCACCUUCAGAGUCCGACUCGGCCGUCAGGUCCAGAUUUGGCCUAGAGGUUCCAAACUAACUGGGCCAAAGAAACCACUUUGGCCUGGUUGGUUCUGGAUGCAGGGUCUGCUGGUGUUAAACAGCACUCUGCUGGAGUCCUUCAGGUCCUUACCCGAUCUGCUCUGGCCAGAUCUGGUGAUGAUGUGAUUAGUACCUGUUGGCAAACCAGAGUGCCAACAGGUUCUUAAUAAUUGUGCCAACAGGCAUUAACUGUUGGCACAGAUAUGUUACCAACAUAUCAGUGCUGCUUCCCGUCUGACUCACUGGAGUCAGACGGGAAGCAGCACUCUAUCCUCUGAAUGUCCUGUGCACUCUCACUGGAGGGCUGAGCGGUCCAGUUCACACACAUCACACUCUCUUCAGGGACUUUCCAAACAGGAAGUCCCAUUUGUUCAAUCUGAGCAUGUCAGAGGAUGCAUGCAUGUGUGUGUUCAUGUGAUUUCUCUUAAAGGAAUGUGAUGCCAGCAGCUAAUGGUUGGUCCAAAGCCGACAUGCUUAGACUGGAUCGGUAUUUCAGUUUGCUGCUGUUUGCAAAACUGGCAGAAUUAGCAGAUUUCCUGCUGGGACAGGCCCACACAGGCAUGUUGGGCCUGCAGCUGCACUCAUACAACACAUAUACAUUUAACCUACAUAACCGUCAGCUAACUUUAUCAGAUUUAAUAUAUUAAUUUAUUUAGAGGAGAUUAAGUUACAGUUUAGAAAGUUUUAUUUUGCCAAGGUUUUGUCAUAUCUGUGACAGUGAGACUGUUACUUUUUUAAUCUGAAUGCUUGUCAGACUUCAUCUACUUUAUCUGUUCUGCUGGUGUUGUUAUUGUAGAGGGCUAUUUCUUGUCAGAUUUGUAUGUUUUGGAGGUGAGUAAACUAAAAGUCUCAUGUGCCACAUAGAUCAGUUGGAACCUCUUUCAGGUCAGAGUUUUGUAAUAAUCACAACUCCCCUCCCCAGUCACAGAUCAGCUGGUCAAGCUGGCAGGAUCAUGGAUCAAUAAAUGCUUUCAGUGGAGUCUGAACCAAAGGGGCGUGGCAUACUGUCACAUCACCAUUGUGACAGUAUGCUGAGUCAGAUCAUAGGUGUAGCUGUGGUGGAGCAAUAUCAACAGCACAGCUUGUCUCCUAACCUCUCUGUUAAUCUGGCCAGGCAGAGCUGCUAGAAUACAGAUUGAAAUUAUGACUUGAAAGGGGCAACAGUUGUGAGGAAUGCUAAACUAUUUUAACCAAUGUGUAAAAGAUGGCUGACUUAUAAAAGCAGACUCCAAACUGUGUUCUGAGACUGUUGGUAUUAUAAUAUUUACUCCUGUUUGAUGAUUCCUUUAUGAAAAAUGUGAAUGAUUUUUAGAAAUGGUUCUUAACCACAUUCAGCUGGAUUUGAUGUCAGAAUCUCAUUGUACUCUCCUCCACUGUGGAUUACUGACAUGGUUGGUUUUGCAGUUUUGUAUUCACUAAUGACUAAAUAAAAGACUCCAAACAAGAUGUU